AUUGUAAGAUGAUCUACUGCACGACAUCAUGGCCUGCUUGCAACUGACAGCCUCUGUGUCGAUGAAGAUAAUGACAGUGACUAUUUCCAUGUGUGUGAUUUUUGUCUUGUCUAUUCAGACAGGAUUUGCUGCGACGCAGACUGGUUACUGUAGGCCUUUCUGUACUGGGAGUGACUGCAUAACUGUAAACCAAGACAGAGUUGAUUUUCAAACAGCUGAGGAGGCUUGCCGUCACAGGGAUGGAGAACUAAUGACAUUUCAGUCCGAGACAGAUUUGACCACCCUUAACAUUUUGAGUCAAGAAUUGCAUGGAGACUUCUGGAUUGGACUGCGUUUACCAGCUGCCGCCUGCAGCAACCUUUCAGCUCCACUGAGAGGCUAUGAGUGGACCUCUGGUGGUGUGCAAAGGAGCUUUACCCCAGCCUCCAGCAGCUGGAAAGACAGCGUUACCAUCUGCUCUCCAGGCUGUGUGUCACUUUCAAAGGAUCAAAAGUGGACAGAGAGGCCGUGCACGGACAAAGCUGAGGGCUUUCUGUGCAAAACAAAGCAUAAAGAUGCAUGUCAGGCACAAGAAUUAUCAGGACCAAAGGUUAUCCAGAGCUCUGAAGACUGUUCACAUGGUCCUUGUGAGCAUACAUGCAAAGAUGUGAAAGGAGGUUAUAUAUGCUCUUGUUACAAAGGAUAUAUCCCCGACAGCAAGAACCCUGUGCAGUGCAAAUUGCACUGUGCACAACAGAAAUGUCCCGCAGUAUGUGAAAGUCACACUGACAGCGCAUGCUUCUGUCCUGAUGGCUUUGUAAUAAGCGGUGCAUUUUGCGAGGAUAUUAAUGAAUGCACAAGUGACUCAUGCCAGCAUGAGUGUAAAAACACUUUUGGAAGUUUUGUGUGCUCCUGCAGAGAGGGAUUUGUACUUAAAAAUCAGGUCAAAUGUGUCAAAGCGGGCAGUCAGAGUUUAGUUGUCACAACUCCUGCCGUCACAAGUUUUGUCAAACCGGCCACCAAUAAUCGCACACUGAAGGGUUCCUCUGCGCCUGCUGGGGGUUUUGUCUGGGUAUGGAUUUUGAUUGUAGUGGCUGUGUUGGUGCUGAUAGGUGUGAUAAGGUUCUAUGUUGUUAAGCGUCAGAAGCACAGAGAACAAAACUCCACCCAGCAGUCUGCUGCUCCUGUGGACAAUAUUGAGUGUUAAAUUCAAUCCAAAAUAGAAUGAUCACCAACUCCACUGUUUGCUUUAGCAUUCAGAGUUUGGGAGAGUCCAUCACUUUUAUCAGACGGCUGCAGAAGGUAACUUCCCAGAUGAAACUCUUUUGAUUAUUAAUUAUUACUGUUAUGAGUACAUUUGAAAUGAAGGGAGUAGGAGUUAUUGCAGAUGUGGAUGGAGGAGGCCGAUCAGUUUCUUAGAUUCAUAAUUAAAAGCAGCACCUUAUUAAAAUAUCAUUAAAAAUCUUUUCAGAUUUUACUUGUAUAUAAAUACAAGCAGUAUUAUGCAGUAUUAGCAUAUAGGACAUAUUUUCAGGUUGCAGGUGGAGCUGAGGCGUCAUUUUUAUAAACUGCUUGGUAGUUGGGAAAUGCUCUCAUUUUAUGAGCUUAGGAUACACUCUAGAAAAUAAAUCAUGGGGUUUGUGGGUAACACUUAAACAAGUUAUUCAGCAGAAAAAAUAGUUACAGUUAAGUGUUUAAAUCAGUUGACAACUUUUAAAAAAAAAAAAAAGAAAAAAGUUAGUCAAAAUCAAAAACAUUUUUUAAA